AUGGCCGGCGCUGUACUCGCGCCGGCAUCACCGGGCCUGGUGUCUGCUCUUGCUCUCACCAAACACCUAGAUCCAAAGCCCAAAAUCACGAUAUUUGAGGUGCGAGAUACGCCUUCAACCAUCGGAGGAGCGGUAAAUCUCACACCGAAAGCCUUGCGGUAUCUUGACUACCUUGGCAUCGAUGCACGAGGACUGAGUGCUGAAUGCAAGACAAUCGAGCUCUGCGACCUGUAUACAGGACAGAAAUAUGCUGAAGUCGACUUCCGGGGCGCUGACGGCACGGGUGUUGGGAAGGACGCCAGCAAGAAGUUCUUCUCCGCCCGCGUGCUAAGGCGUGAGUUGCAAGCAGCCUUGCUGAAAGCUGUCAAGCAACGGGCCAAUGUCAACGUCCUCUGGGGCAAGCAGGUCGAAACGAUCGACGAGAGACAGGCUGAGGAUGACGUUCAGCUUACAUUCAAGGACUGCGAGCAGACGACUUGCGACCUUCUGCUGGGCUGUGAUGGCAUACACUCGGCUACUCGCACGCUGCUGAUUGAACCAGAACGCCAACCGACAUACACCGGCAUUUCCGUGUGCAUGGCCAUGGCGAAGCUUCGACCAGACACCUACCUGAGAUGGGAAACCACAGCUCUGGUCAGUUCUCGCCAAAGAAGCUUCAUGGCCAGCUACUUCGAAAGGUCAAGAACUGAGCAGUAA